CAUUCAGUUUUUAUAUGAAGGGGAAAUCAUUGAGUUAACUUCACAGUUACUCCUUGAUUAUGGUUUUCUCUAUCAAUUAAUUUUUACAAAAAUGACGGAUACUGAUAUUGUUGGAAGAAAAUUUGCCAUUGCUGUCUUAGAAAACAUGCCUCCCAACUAUGUUGAGGCAUUGAUUCAGAGCAAGGCCCCUGAAUGGAAGGGUAGACAUUUGCUUCCUGCACAGCACAAAAUUAUUUUAAGAAGAAGGAGCAGUUUAUCGCCUCUCUACAGAGACGCUCAGGUCUGGCCAUCCACUACUCAGUCCCUCACAAAACAACUCAGACACUGGAGAGCUAGAACAAUGGCCCACAUGCAGGUCAUGGGAGAUGAUUUUUCAACUGGAUACACCCUCUUUACUGAGGACAGUAUUCAAAAAAUUUAUCUUGAUCCUGAUGUGUUUAUUCAUAGUCAGAGUCAAAGAGAGAUUUCCUUUUCACCUCAGACAAGCUACACUCAACUACUAGAUAUUUACUCUAAGGAAUAUAAAAUUGGUGAAGAUCAAUACGAAUAUCGCAGCGCUGAUUUGGGUGACGACCUUCCCAAUGAUGACCCAGAUGAUCCGGAGGGUAUAGCCUUUUAUGAUGAUCUUGACUCAGUUGGGUGGGAAAAUCUCGAAAACCAAAUGGAGGGAUAAUAAGUCAGACAAAGGAAUAGGCAUGCCUUACUCCAAAGUGACUGUCAUGAGACAUGUUCCGCAAAAGCCGGUUACUUUUUAUCUUUCCCAAAAGAUAAAGAUAACUGACUUUC